UACACCUCUCAAAGCCUGCACGCGAUAUUGCUAGAGAGAGAGAGAGAAAGAGAGACAGAGAUGGAUUCCCAGAGAUGCCGCAGAGUGGUGCUAGUCUCAUGCCCAUUCCAAGGCCAUAUUAAUCCAAUGCUUCAACUUGGGACCAUCCUGUCCUCCAAGGGCUUCUCCAUCACAAUUGUUCACACCCAACUCAACUCUCCCAAACCCUCCAAGCACCCUGAAUUUGAUUUCCAACCUAUACCAGAGGGCUUGUCCAAACAAGAAAUUGCUUGUGGGAAUUUAGUGGAUAUCAUUUUGGCAUUGAAUGAAAGAUGCAGAAUUCCCUUCCAGAAACGUUUGAUUCAGAUGAUGCUACAGCAGGAGUCACAUGAUGAGAUUACUUGCAUCAUAUAUGAUGACCUUAUGUACUUUUCCGAAGAAGUGGCCAAUCGUCUCAACAUUCCAAGCAUUGUUUUGCGCACUAGCAGUGUAGCCAGCCUUCUUUCCCGUCUGGCCAUUCUCCAACUCAAGGAUGAAGGUUACAUUCCCUUUCCAGAUGCUAUGUCACAGGACCAAGUACCUGACUUUCGCACCUUAAGGUUCAAGGAUCUACCGAUUUGUGAGUUUGGAACACCAAAAAAUUUCUAUCAGCUGUUGGCUCAUGUAUGCGACAUAAAAACAUCUUCAGCUGUCAUUUGGAAUACCAUGGAUUGCCUUGAAGAAUCGCUAUUGGCUGAACAACAGCUAAAACAAUUUCCUAUUCCAAUCUUCACAAUAGGCCCUAUGCACAAAUUUGCACCUGCCUGUUCGAGCAGUCUACUAAAAGAAGAUAGUAGCUGCAUUGAAUGGCUUGACAAGCAAGAUCCUAACUCAGUUCUUUAUAUAAGUUUGGGAAGUAUGGCUUCCACAGACGAAAAAGAAUUAGCUGAAAUGGCCUGGGGUCUUGCCAACAGCAAGCAGCCUUUCCUGUGGGUGAUUAGGCCUGGUUCAACACUCGGUUCAGAGUGGAUUGAAUCAUUGCCUGAGGGUUUCAUGGAAACUGUUAGAGAAAGAGGUUGCAUUGUGAAAUGGGCACCACAAAGGGAUGUGUUGGCACAUCCUUCAGUGGGAGGAUUUUGGACGCAUUGCGGUUGGAAUUCGACCCUGGAGACCAUAUCUGAAGGGGUUCCAAUGAUAUGCAGACCAUGUUUUGCAGAUCAAAUGGUAAACGCAAGGUUUGUGAGUCAUGUUUGGAGAAUAGGAUUGCAAUUGGAGAAUCAGUUGGAGAGAAAUGAGAUAGAGAGAGCUGUGAGAAGAUUAAUGGUAGAUGAAGAAGGGGAGGAAAUGAGGAAGAGGGCUGAGGAUUUGAAGGAAAAAGUAGAAGCUUGUUUCAAGAAAGGUGGCUCCUCCUACAAUUCCCUAAGUAAGUUAGUAGAGUUUAUGUCUUCUCAGUAGCCUAAAUUGUUUGCCUUCAGUCACAACUACCAUUUCUUUUCUGCUGUAUCAGAGUGAUAACUAAUAAAUAAUGGAGGGGACUCGUUGUUGCAAGUUA